AUGCCUCCACGUGAUGACAUGCAUGGAUUGUUGCAUGAUGUGUUUGGAAUAUCAAGUGUGGAUGACAUGCCAACUGAGUUGCCAUCACAGGAGCCAAUACAAGAGGAACCGAAUCCUGAAGCUGAAAGAUUCUUCAGGUGUGACCAGCUAACUCUCUUCUUCAAUGUAACACUUGUAAAAUCUUCAGAAGGAAAUACACUACCCAUUCUUGCUAUAGUUGGUGCAAUAAAUGACCUGAUGAGAUACUUGCGCAAAUGCUUCCUGUGCUCCAUUGAAUUACCAAAAUUGGGAGAUGCCAUAAAUGAGCAAAGGGUUGCUCUACAUUCUUCUCUAGAGAAGUGCCUUGUACAGCUAGCAAAUAAGUUUAUGAUUGCUGUAGAUGAUGAAAAUGGUGAUGAAGAAGGAGAUCUUAUCAUGGCAGCAUCUCUUGCAAGUUCUCAGGCUUUGGCUUUUAUGAUUAGGCAUGGCUCAGGAAUUGUAUCUGUUGGGAUGAAGCAAGAGGAUCUGGAGAGGCUGAGCCUUCCUUUGAUUUCAACUGGCAAUGAGAAUGAGGAUCCAUCCGCCGCAGCUUACACAGUGAUAGUGGAUUUGAAAACCGGGGCAUCUACUGGAGUGUCAGCCUCGGAUAGGGCAAAGACUAUUCUUGCUCUUUCGUCUCCAGAUUCUAAGCCGCAAGAUUUCAGAAGACCAGGCCAUGUAUUUCCACUCAAGUAUAAAAAUGGUGGUGUUCUAAGGAGAGCUGGUCACACUGAAGCUUCAGUGGAUUUAAUUUCACUUGCUGGCUUGCGGCCUAUAUCUGUUUUUUCUGCAAUUCUUAAUGCUGAGGAUGGCUCUAUGGCCCGAUUACCCGCUUUAAGAAAGAUAGACAAGGAGAACAGCAUACCAAUCAUCUCAAUCUUGGAUCUCAUCCGAAUCCUUCCUGUCCUCAGUGCAAGCAUCCGUUUCAGUUUCUCAGUGUUCAUCGAUCACCAGAUGGAAGACGGGAACCCUCUCUAUUUCGGCAAAGGGUCAGAGGCUUUGGAGUACUUCUCCAGCAUUAAUCACACUCCCUCAGUCGCCACGAAUCCUUCUGAUUUCCUUCUCGACCUUGUGAAUGGUAUAUCUAGUGAUGAUGUGGAGGAGAAUAGGGCAGCUGUGAAGGAAGAAUUGGCUGCUUCCUAUAGGAGUAACAUUGCUGAGAAGCUGAAAAGGGAGCUUAAAGGGAUUAAAUUCAAGGGGGAGAGAGCAUUGGGCUCCUUUUCUUCAUCUCAGGAUUUUGGGGGACGUUCCCUGUCUUCCAGGCUAUCUUCACCUUCCCUCAAGAGCGUGCAAUGCUGA